UUAAGGAUUAAAUUUAAACCCCUUCAUCAUCACAUAAUUGUGGAGUUGCAUUUUCUUUUCGUGAUUUUUGAAUUUUUGAUUCGCGGUGGUCACGGUGUUCCUGUUCCAGACUCAGAUUACAUAGUAUCCGUAUAAUAUAAUACAAUAUAAUAUUUUAAUAUUAAAUAGAAUUAGUAUUUAAUUAUCAAUUUUGCGGAGUUGAUAAUAUAAAUUUAUAAAGGGGAAAAAGAUAAAUGGGGGAAACAAAUGCACGGUCAAAUUCGCAUAAGCAUUGGCGUUUUGGUACGAAUUCGCAGCAGAAUAUUCAGUUGCGUUCACGGUCGAGUUCGAAUUCGAGAUCUUCGUCACCGGAGUCACCACCAAAGUCUCUGAUGGAGAACCUUAUGGGACUUCUUAGGGUUCGAAUCAAGCGUGGCGUCAACCUCGCCGUUCGUGAUGUUCGUAGUAGCGAUCCCUAUGUUGUCAUCAAGAUGGGUAAACAGAAACUCAAGACUCGUGUGAUUAAAAGGGAUGUUAAUCCUGAGUGGAAUGAGGACCUCACGCUUUCGGUUGUAGAUCCGCAUGCUUCAGUCUCACUGACUAUAUAUGACCACGAUACAUUUAGCAAAGAUGACAAAAUGGGAGAUGCAGAGUUUGAAAUCUUACCAUUUAUAGAAGCCUUGAAGAUGAAUGUGACAGGCCUGCCAAAUGGUACUGUGGUCAAAAGAAUACAACAAAGCCGGGAUAACUAUCUCGCAGAUGAGAGCCGCAUCACUUAUAUCAACGGUAAGCUUGUUCAAGAUAUGAUCCUUAGACUGCGAAACGUGGAAUGUGGUGAACUGGAAAUCCAGCUAAAUUGGAUUGAUCUUCCUGGGUCCAAGGGUUUAUGAUCUUGUUGGAUUGUUGUCUAUUAGCAACUCCAUGCAUAUGAGCUGGCUAGUUUAAUUCCCUAAUAUGACAUUAAAGUCUGAUGAGGCUUUACCUAAGGCUUUUGAGGAACAGAACUGAUAUAUUCAAACUCUGCAUAUUUUAGUGUGGUUUGUAGUAGCAUUUGUACAGUUGAGACAGAGCCCUUUUUUAUGAUACUUGUUAUUUUGGAGUGCCUUGGUUCUCAAUGAGUUAGUUCUAUAAA